AUGAGCACCACAUUUCUGCAGACCUCGUCCUCCACCUUUGGGGGUGGCUCUACCCGGGGGGUUUCCCUCCGAGCUGGGGGGCACUGCUUUGGUGGGGACAGUCUCUAUGGGGGAGGUGGAGGCCGUAGCAUCUCAGCUUCUUCUACUAGGUUUGUGUCUUCGGGGUCAGGAAGGGGCUAUGGAGGAGGCAUGAGUGGUGGCUUUGGUGGAGGGGCAGGUGGUUUCGGUGGAGAGUUUGGAGGUAGACUUGGAGGUGGUUUUGGUGGGGGUCUCUGUGGUGGCUUUGGUGACUUUGGUGGUGGCAAUGGCGGUCUCCUCUCUGGCAACGAGAAGAUCACCAUGCAGAACCUCAAUGACCGCCUGGCCUCCUACCUGGACAAGGUGCGUGCCCUGGAGGAGGCCAAUGCCGACCUGGAGCUGAAGAUCCGCGACUGGUACCAGAAGCAGAGCCCAACCAGCCCGGAGUGGGACUACAGUCACUACUUCCAGACCAUUGAGGAGCUCCGGGACAAGAUCCUGGCAGCCACCAUUGACAACUCCCGUGUCAUCCUGGAGAUCGAUAAUGCCAGGCUGGCCGCGGAUGACUUCAGACUCAAGUAUGAGAACGAGCUGGCCCUGCACCAAAGUGUGGAGGCCGACAUCAACGGCCUGCGCAGGGUGCUGGACGAGCUGACCCUGGCCAGGACUGACCUGGAGAUGCAAAUCGAGAGUCUGAAUGAGGAACUGGCCUACCUGAAGAAAAACCACGAGGAGGAGAUGAAAGAGUAUGGCAGCCAGCUGGCUGGCCAGGUCAAUGUGGAGAUGGACGCAGCACCAGGAGUGGAUCUGACCCGAGUGCUGGCUGAGAUGCGGGAGCAAUAUGAGGCCAUGGCAGAGAAGAACCGCCGGGAUGCUGAGGCCUGGUUCUUCAGCAAGACUGAGGAAUUGAACAAGGAGGUGGCCUCCAACACAGAAAUGAUCCAGACCAGCAAGACAGAGAUCACAGACCUGCGACGCACUCUCCAGGGCCUUGAGAUUGAGCUUCAGUCCCAGCUCAGCAUGAAAGCGGGCCUGGAGAGCUCCCUGGCAGAGAUUGAGUGCUGCUACGCCAUGCAGCUGCAGCAGAUCCAGGGGCUCAUCAGCAGCCUGGAGGCCCAGCUGAGCGAGCUCCGUAGUGAGAUGGAGGCUCAGAACCGGGAGUACAAUAUGCUGCUGGACAUCAAGACGCGGCUGGAGCAGGAGAUCGCCACCUACCGCAGCCUGCUUGAGGGCCAGGGUGCCAAGAUGGCUGGCAUUGGCACCAGGGAAGUUUUCCUGGGAGGUGGUGGCGGUGACAGCAGCAGCAGCAGCAGCAGCAGCAGCAAAGUCCGCAUCAAUGCAGAGGAGUCAGUGGAUGGGAAGGUAGUGUCUUCCCGAAAGAGAGAAAUCUAA